AUGGUGGUGGAGCAGAGACGCGGCGUGGUGGGGAUUAGCGGCGCGCUGCAGACUGAAGUAAUUGAGUUGAGUGGUGUUGACACCAGGCGCAGUCACAGUGCCCAUGUUGUGGAACGCGCAGCAAACGGGCACACUAUGGGGCGCGUUGGAUUUGUGUUCGAGCGCAGCCGGGAAACUAAAGAUUGGAGCUGGAAUGAGAAGAGCGGGGGGCUGGUAGUUUGUGUUCAAAGCGUCCCGCUGCAGAAGAUCUGA